AUGGGCCUGCUCUCCAUCCUCCCAGAAAGCUUCGCAGUGGUGGAAACAUGGAUCACGCGACUUUUUCUAUUUCUAGGCCUCAUAGCCAUUGGACCAUGGGCGGCCCUGCUCAUGUACGAUCUUCUCCUCUACAUCUUCCGCGCUGCCGCAUACGAGAUACCCUUUGUCGGCGGACGCGCUCGAGGAAAGGCACGACCACGCGCCCCAAGCCUCACCGAACGGCCAAGUGGGCAUCGACGGCGAUUUAGUCUCGCCCGCCGCCCGGAUGAGACCGCACAAAGUACAGGAGGUCCCAACAAGGCGGGAACGACGGAUGCUCGAUUCAGACAUAUCACCGAGGAGGAAAGUGAAGAUUCCUCU